AUGUCCAAUUGGUUUCCCAUGCCUUUGGUCGAAAUUCCAUCUGGCCUUGGUGCUUGCGGAGUACACAUUUUGUGCCCACAUGCAAUCCCAGUACGCAUGCUGGUCCACUUUGCGGUAAGAGGAUACUUGAGUGAAUUGGCCAAAUCUGAACGGAAAAUGGGAAAUUCUGCCGCUCCGUACUCGGCUACACAGCCCGGCUUGGAUGAGGAAGAUUAA